AGGCGAGCUGAUCGAGCGCCUCCUGGCCUCCCUCGAGCGGGCGCAGGCCGCCGCGGCGGGCGGCGCGGCCGGCGCGGCCGGCGGCGCGGGUGGCGUCGGCGGCGGCGGCGGCGCCUCGGCCGCGUCUCACGCGUCGGUUUUUCACACGGUGGACGAGCACGGGCACACGCUGGCCGAGUACGCAGCGAUGCUGCGGCGCCGCCGCGCCUCGUACCGCGAGGAGGCGGAGGAGGACGCGUCCGAGCUGCAGGCGCAGCACCGCCAGCUGGCGCAGCUCCGCGCUGUCGAGCGCCUCUCGGCGUCGCUCGCCAACCGGCCGUCGGAGCAGGCGCUGCUGGAGCGGCACAUCUUGCGCGGCGACGAAGAGCCCGAGCUGCUCGCCGCCAAGCGGAAGAGGCUCGAGGGGUUCCUCGCCGGCCGGCCGCCCCCAGAGGUUGUGGCCGUCCCGCCAGACGCCGCGCCGCCGGCGGGGGCGACCUUUGCGGGCUCGAGUCUCUGACGACGUGACACGACACUCUGUGUGGUAUUUUAUGAUCGGACCCGGGGGCGGGGGGUGUUCCCCAGGUGAGAAGGGUUAGCGGCAGGCCAGAGAAAAAGUAAUAUCUUUACGGGGUGACUAGGUCC